CAUUGGUGGGCGGCGGGGAUUCCCCGGGAGCUGCCCCGCCCCCCUCUCCCGUCGGUGCAGCGGGCCCGGGGCUGCGGCGCCCCUGCCGCCAUGUCGGGCCAGGCCGAGGCCGAGGCGGAGCGGGGCGUGGAGGCCGAGAGCGAGACGAAGGCGGGCCCGGAGGAGUGGUGCGACAGCGGGCUGGGCUCGCUAGGCGAGGGGCCGCUGUCGCUCCCGGGCGCGCCGGGCCCCGAGGGCGGCGGGGAGCGGGAGCGGGAUCGGGAUCGGCUGGACUCGGCGCUGGGGGACGAGGAGGAGGAGGAGGAGAAGGAGGCGGCGGCCGUGGGGGCGCUGGCGCAGGGCGUGGGGUCGGUGCGGCUCCGCGACCCGCCGCCCGUGGCCCCCGAGGCCUGGCUGCGCCACGUGCUGGGCUUCCUCACGGAGGACGGCGACACCGCCCUGCACCUGGCCGUCAUCCACGAGCACGAGCCCUUCCUCGACUCCAUCCUGCACUUCGCGCGCGGCACCGCCUACCUCGACCUGCAGAACGACCUGGGCCAGACCGCGCUGCACAUCGCCGCCAUCCUGGGCGCCGCCGGCUUCGUGCGCAAGCUGACGGGGGCGGGCGCGGGGCUGGGCCUGCGGGAGAAGGGCGGCCGCACCGCCCUGCACCUGGCCUGCCGCGAGGGCCGGCGCGACUGCGCCCGACACCUCCUCGCCCCGCCCGGCGCCCGCCUCUACCUGGACUGCGCCAACUACGACGGUUUCACGCCCCUGCACGUGGCCGUGCUGCAGAAGGACGUGGAGAUGGUGAAGCUGCUUCUGGGCGCCGGCGCCGACCUCGAUAAGGCGGAGCCGAGCUGUGGGCGCAGCCCCCUGCACCUGGCGGUGGAAGCGCAGUGCCCCGAGGUGGUGGAGUGCCUCCUGCGCGCCGGCGCGGACCCCGGCGCCCGCAUGUACGUGGGCUACACGCCCCUGUACAGCGCCCUGCACCGGCCCGACCGCAGGAUCCCGCAGCUGCUGCGGGACUUCGGCUCCCAGGAGCCCGACUGGGACUCGGAGCCGGAGAGUCCCGACGACGCCAGCGACGAUGAAUAUGACGACAUCAUCAUCAACAGUGGAUAUUAUAAGAACUGAUGGGGGGUGGUCUCCCCUGCCCCCCUCUCCUCUCCUCUGCGGGUGGAUUUGGGACAGCCUCGUUGCCCGGCCCGGCCUCUGCUAUUGCCAGUGGCCCCCCGGACCCCCAACGCGUCCCCUGCCCGCUCUGGGGCCCCUUCAUCUCCUGCCGGCCUGAGACCAGUUUGUUGUGCCGCGGGCAGGGCAGGCUUGGCCCCUACCUCGCCAGCACCUGCCUGCCCUAGUGUAGAGGAGCCCCUGCCGCGGCGGCUACCAGCUCUAGAUCUCGGCUGCCAAAGACCUGAGGUCUGUAGAGCGGUGCCGAUUGCCGCCCCCCCGCUUUAGGAUCCCAGACUCUUGGGCUCUCGUGCCCGUGACCUUUGGGCUCUAGUAACCCCAUCUCCUUCCAGCGGUGGCACAAGUCGGGGAUCCCUCCCCGAACUGCCCCUUCCACCUCUCAGCCCCGAGCUGUGCAGACAUGGGGGCAGGGAAAUGCUGCUCUCAGACCAGAGAGACCAUUCCCAAUACUGGGCUGGACUGGUCCCCUAUCCCAGUGUGGACACAGUGGUGCCCAGGGGGAGGACCGGGUUCUGUCUCUGCUCCGUCAGCUGUGGGAGGUUUUGCCCACCCGCCCCUUGCAACUCCUCCAGCCCUGGAGGCGGGGAGCUGCCGAUCCCUGCCUCGGCCCUGCCCCAGGGAAAGGGGCGUGUGUGUCUCCUCUCCGUGUGCGUCCAGCUUCUCUGUGUGUGGUGUGGCCCCCCCGUGUCGUUCCUACCACUCCAGCGUGCGUCUGCGUGGUCCGUGUCUGCGUGCCUGUCCUGUUCUUGUCUGGAUCUUGCCCUGUGCUGUGUAUGUUAACGAGGGUGGGUGGCUGGGUGGGGGGGGGCACGUGAUUAAAACUCUUGCCCCAUUCA